CAAAGUUGAUGGCGCUAUUACAAAGCAGAUUAAAGCUAUAAUGGUAUUUGUAGAAAGAUAUCAAACCUUUUCUUCUUUACUCACAAUGGAAAAUUUAGAGGCAGGAAUGUCAUUUGACAUUGACAUCUGUGAAUUAUACAAUGACAAUGAAUUUAUAGAACAAUGGCCAAAUUUUAAGGAUGAUAUAUAUGAGAAUCCAAUAAGUACAUUAAAUUGUAUGAAACUUGGCAUUCAUCAGAAAAUUUUGGAGACAGUACCAGAAAAAAAUUUAGAGUAUAUUCUGAAAUCUAUCAGCAGUUUACCAGCCAUUAGAUUAGGUGUAUUAAAUUAUCAACCAGUUAUAGGUUUACGGGAUCUUAAGUUAAAUUAUUAUGGUAAAUUGGUAUCCACUAAAGGAUGUGUAAUAAGAGUUGAUAGGGUAAAAUAUCUUGCACAAUGGAUGGUAUUUGCCUGUUCUAAGUGCCAUUUGCAAAAAUUAAUUAAACAAUUGCAGGAAGUGUACACAUUGCCAAAAAAGUGUGACACCUGUGGCACAUCAAAAUUUUAUCCGGUUCUAGACUCACCUUGUGUGAAAAGUAUUUUAUCUCAGAUAAUCAGAAUACAAGAGCCAUUGAAUGAUGAACAGGAAAAUAAAGGUAGAGUGCCUAAAAUACUCGAUGUACAACUCAUGGAUGAUUUGGUUAAUAUUUGUAUGCCUGGAGAUGACAUAACUCUUACAGGCAUUAUCAAGGUACAAGGUAUCGAUGAUGCAAAGCCACAAGUUGGAUCUCCAUUCUCUUUAUAUAUGCAAGCAAUAACUGUUAUUAAUAAAAAACAUAGAUACAAAAAUAAUAGAAGUUCUAUGAGCAAUGAGAUUUCACUGAAAAAUUAUUUAGCGAUACAGGAUAUAUAUAAAGAGCCAAAUCUUUUCGCAUUGUUGGUGCAUUCGUUAUGCCCUAGUAUAUACGGUCACGAGAUGGUCAAAGCUGGAUUAAUAUUGAGCUUGUUCGGUGGUAAUGCAAAACACGCACAACUACGAAAUGAUAUACACAUUCUAUUAGUUGGAGACCCUGGUCUGGGUAAAUCACAGAUGCUACAAGCAUGCGCUCGGAUAUCUGCGAAAGGUGUAUACAUCUGCGGCAAUUCAAGUACAUCUUCUGGAUUAACGGUAACGCUCACGAAGGAAACAGGAUCUAACGACUUUUCUUUAGAACCUGGUGCUCUGGUUUUAGCGGAUCAAGGCUGUUGCUGCAUUGAUGAAUUUGAUAAAAUGUGUUCUCAGCAUCAGGCAUUGUUAGAGUCGAUGGAGCAACAAAGUGUUACAGUAGCAAAAUCAGGAGUGAUAUGUUCAUUACCUGCGCGGACGUCAAUCCUCGCGGCGGCUAAUCCUAUAGGCGGGCAGUACAACAAGAGCAAAACAGUAACUGAAAACUUGAAUAUUAGUCAACCCCUUCUUUCGCGAUUUGACUUGAUCUUCCUGCUGUUGGACAAACCAAACAAACACUUUGAUAGUCUAUUAUGCAAACACAUUAUGACUGUUCACACUAGUUCGCACAAAAAUUCCAAUGGAGAAUCUAUGGAAUUAUCCUUUGAUGGUGAAAGUUCUCUGAGAAAAAGACUGAUAUUGCCAGUGUCUAGUGAUAUUAUACCGCCAUCCAUUCUUCGAACGUACAUAUCCUAUGCACGACAGUAUGUGAAGCCAAAAUUAUCAGUUGCAGCUGCGGAAGUACUGCAGAAGUAUUACUUGGAACUUCGCUCUAAGCAUAACCAAUUUGGUAACUUACCGAUAUUCAACAGACAAUUAGAAGCCAUGAUUCGAUUGACUGAGGCUAGAGCGAAAUUGGAAUUACGUAUUGAAGCAACUGAGUCGGAUGCGUUGGACGUAGUAGAUUUAAUACAAUAUACAAUGGCAGACACGUUGGAAGAAGACUUCGUAGUGCCGGAAUUAAAUUCCGACGGUAAAUUAACAAACAAGAAGUUAAGAGCUUUUAUCAGAAUAUUGGAACGGAAAGUAAAUAUGGAUAAAGAACGAACAUUCUCGGUAAAGGAAUUGAAUGCACUUGCUGCGUCCGGAAGUGUCCCGAUGAGCGAUUUUACUGCUUUAAUUUCAAAAAUGAACGAAGAAGGAAACCAUGUGAAUGGGAUGAACCACCUAAUACACCUACUGUAAAAUGUGUGGAGCCAUCCUUUAAUCCUUGUGAUCCUUGUGCACCUUGCUGCGUACCUGUCAAACGGUGCAAGAGUUACGAUCUCCGUGCGGGUGUAAUGUACAAAUGUGAAUGUAUCAAGAGGAAUGGCCUACAGG